CUCGAGGCGCGCCAACUGUCCUCCCCCGCCCCUCGUGCGCCGAGACGUGAGGACGCCGGCGUCGUAGGCUGAGGUGGCAGCCGCGGUCCUGCAGACAUGGAGCUGCCGCAGAUGCCGGAGCUCGUGGGGCUGUCCCUGCUGGUGGGACUGCUGGCCCUAGUGGCCACGGCGGCGGUGGCCCGAGGCUGGCUGCGGGCCGAGGAGGACAAAACUAGCCAGCCCGUCCGGCAAAAAACAAAUGAAGCCAAGAAGUCAGGAUCCAAGAAGCAGAAACAGAAUCAGCAGGUUCGCAAGGAGAAGCCUCAGCAACACAACUUUACCCACCGCCUUCUGGCUGCAGCAUUAAAGAGCCAUAGUGGGAACAUAUCUUGCAUGGACUUCAGUAGCAAUGGCAAGUAUCUGGCCACCUGUGCCGAUGACCGCACUGUCCGAAUCUGGAGCACCAAAGAUUUCCUUCAGCGGGAACACCGUAGCAUGAGAGCCAAUGUGGAGCUGGACCAUGCCACCUUGGUGCGCUUCAGUCCUGACUGCAGAGCCUUCAUUGUUUGGCUGGCCAAUGGGGACACCCUCCGUGUCUUUAAGAUGACCAAGAAAGAAGACGGGGGAUUUACUUUCACAGCCACCCCAGAGGACUUCCCUAAAAAGCACAAGGCAUCCAUCAUCAACAUUGGCAUUGCUGACACAGGGAAGUUCAUCAUGACUGCCUCCAGUGACACGACUGUUCUUAUCUGGAAUCUGAAAGGUCAGGUGCUGUACACAAUCAACACCAACCAGAUGAAUAAUACUUACGCUGUUAUCUCCCCAUGUAGCAGGUUUGUGGGUUCGUGUGGCUUCACACCAGAUGUGAAGGUCUGGGAGGUCUGCUUCGGGAAGAAAGGGGAGUUCCAGGAGGUGCAGAGAGCCUUUGAGCUGAAGGGUCACUCUGCCUCUGUCCACUCCUUCGCUUUCUCCAAUGACUCUCGGAGGAUGGCCUCUGUCUCCAAGGACGGCACAUGGAAGCUGUGGGACACAGAUGUGGAAUACAAGAAGCAGCAGGACCCCUACUUGCUAAGGACAGGCUGCUUUGAAGAGGCAAGCACCAUGCCUUGCCGCCUGGCACUCUCCCCUGACACCCAUGUGCUGGCCCUGGCCACUGGCACCAGUAUUCAUCUCUUCAACACGAGGCGUGGGGAGAAGGAGGAGUGCUUCGAGUGUGUCCAUGGGGAGUGUAUUGCUGACUUGACUUUUGAUAUCACUGGCCGCUUCCUGGCCUCCUGUGGGGACCGUGCCGUGCGGCUCUUCCACAACACUCCUGGCCAUCGGGCUGUGGUAGAGGAGAUGCAGGGCCUCCUGAAGCGAGCAUCCAGCGAGAGCACACGCCAGAGGUUGCAGCAGCAGCUGGCCCAGGCCCAGGAGGCCCUAAAGAACCUGGGUGCCCUGAAGAAGUGACUGUGGCUCUGGAGGAACUUCCCAUAUUCUUCCUGGUGGCCCCCACUUUUCCCAUUGAAACUGUUCUUGCAUACUUAGAUCUCUCUUCUUGUUUGACUCCUCCCAAACUGAAAGGUGCUGUUUUCUCAUGGGCCCCAGGGUGGACUCUGUCUUCACCCAGUACUGAGAAGAGGGGUAGAGAGAAGAGAGACAGAACAAAGCCUUUGACUGUGUGGCAAAAGACCCUGACACCCAAAGAAGUUUGUGAGUGUUAAGGUAAAACCUGAGGACCACCAGAGAACAAGGUGGCUGUUUUAUAAGGGUGCAGAAUGUGUUUUUUAAUGCUACAAGGUGAGUCUCCACCUAGACGAGAUUCCUGUUACCUGCAAGAAAUAAUUAAGGCACUGUUCUAUAAUCUCAGCACUCUAUAUAGGCAAAGACAGGAAGGAGGAUCGGGUUCAAGUUCAGCUUGAACUACAUAGUAAAUUUCAGGACCUCCGGGUUCCAAAUGGAGAGAGACCUUGACUAGAGAUUUUUUUUUUUUUUUUUUGCUCUGGGCUUCAGUUUUCUUAUUUGUAAAAUGGGGAACGAUGCUCUCUGUGGCCUUCUUGAAAAGAUGCUGUGAGGCUAAGAGCGUGUUCCAAAGUUCCUGGCCAUGGAGUAAAACAGUGCUGUCCAACUCCAUUAACUGUCAGGUAAACUUGGGAUCAAACUGUGGUCUGCAACCAAGUUUCUUGGGGCUUGGCUUGCUCAUUCAUCUUGGUUGCAUAUGGUGUUUUGGUUCAGUGCCUUGAGAAGUAGUGCCAUCUUAACAUGGCACUCCUCUCUGCUGGAGACCUCUUGGACUCAUCACUUCAGUGCCUGCUUCAUGAAACUAGCUAGUGAUGCUGGCUAACACAUUUAGACAAGACUGGGCCUGUUGCCAAAGGUAAAAGUUGGUGGGAGGGACCUAGAAAGUGGUGUCUGUGAAAUGCUUUUCUUCAUUCCCAGCUGCAGGGGAUCUAAACAUGGGGCUUGACAGUAGUGGACUUAAGACAGAAUGGGGAUGAAGCAGAGUACAUCCAAUGGAAUAUUGGAUCUCAGACAUAAAUUUGAAGACUGCUUGGAUCCAAGGGGUGAAGAAGAUGUCAGGAAUCUAGGAAGGCUGAAUUUAGCAAAAAGUAUCCAUCCCAGUUAAUUUUGAUCUCUUGCUUACACGUAGGCCCUCCCUCUUCCAGCCAUCCCAUAGCUACAGAGUGUUAGAGUAAGGCGCAGCCCUGAAGUUGACCUUGAUGGCUCCCUUGUCACCCCUCUCACCCUGAUGACUGGCAGCACCUGUUGUCUUUUUGUACAUUCUGCUACCUUCCUGGUCUUAGCCAUUGUCACUUACUAUAUACUACUUCUGUUUCCAACCACAUUACUUCAAGUCAGCUUUUGAAAAACAUAAAACAGAUCAUGCCAUUUCCCAGUUAAAAACUCUUCAAAGGCUUCCCUCUGCUCUUAGAUUAAAACCCUGAACUAUCUUUGUGGCCUGCAUAGUGGAGGGAUAUUUACUCCCUCCUGUGUUUGAUCUAGCUUGUUUCUUUACUAACCCAAGCAGCUCAUAGGCUGUGGCCUGCAUAGUGGAGUGGUAUUUACUCCCUCCUGUGUUCUUUCUUUGGACGGACCAGCCCACCCCAUUCUUCCUGUUUCUUUACUAACCCAAGCAGUUCAUAGGCUGUGGCCUGCAUAGUGGAGUGAUAUUUAGCCCCUCUUGUGGCCUUCCUUUGUGAUGGUCCAACCCACCACGUUCUUGCUGUUUCUUUGCUGACCCAAGCAGUUCACAGGCUCCAGGUAUGGGCUUGUCCCUCUUGUUUGCUGCAAGCAUUUUUCCUUUCUGUUGGCAGACUUGUCAAUGCGAUUCAGUCCUUGGCAACUUUGCCUCCAAACAGUUGCCUCUUCAGACACUCCAUCCGAAGUAGCCCUUUCCACCAAUCCUGUCCUAUUGGUUGCAUUGGUGCUUUUCUUUCUUUUGUAUGACUUGAUGGUUUCUGAAAUGAUCUUGUUUGGCUAUGUAUUUGCUCCAGUGCCAGUGACAAGGGCAGUCAAUUGCAUAGCAAAAGUGGGAAUUAGGCAGGUCACCUAGUUGUGAGAUGGGAGGAAAUGGUAGAGACUGUCGUGGGCUGGAAUGCAUGUGUCCUGGACGCACAAUGGUGGCUGCUACGGAUUGUUUAAGAAUUCUCCAAAAGUUACCAGUGUCGGAGAAAUGAAGUGGUGGUACCUUACCUUGAAAUGAGGCCCCCUUGGGAACUGCACCAAACCCUGAUGUAGGCAGCUCACCAGUCUCGUUGGCACUUAAGAAUUGUUCCUUGCUUUUCAUUUUGCAGUCCUGGGGGUGGAAUCCAGAGCCUCCUGCAGGGUAGACAGUUGUUCCCCUGCUGAGCCCUGCUGCAGCCCUCACUAGGAGAUGCUAGACAGUGGCUCUCCUGCUCAGCCUCUGCUCCUCCUUCCCUGGGAGACUCUCAGCAAAGGCUCUCCUGCUCAGCCGUAGCUGCAGCCCUCACUGGGCAAACACUCUGCCACUGAGUUCCAGCAUUGGCGUGUGAGCUGCUGCAGAGUGCAUUAGGACAUGAGCUUCACAGGGCGGAACCCUUGCUUGUCUGCCUUGUUCUGGGUCCCAAGUCAAGUACCUGGGACAGAGUAAGCUCUCAAUAAAUAGAACUCAGACUAGAAGUAAUUGACCAGAACAAAACAAAAAACUGGCAUUCUUUUGUGCGCUCUUACUGAGGGCAGUGUGGCCACACCCAGAUUUGGGUUUCCGAACACACCUCCCUCGUGCUGUGUAUGCUUGUGGGGUCUGGCGGACGUCUGCUGUGGCUGUCAGAAGCAUCUGAAAAGGCUCUUGCUUGAUUUGGAAUGUCUGUUUUGAGAAGUAACUGGUGUUGUGGCUGCAGAGGGAAGGUAGGGAACCCAAGAAUCCUGAGCCGCUGGAGUCAGUGUGUUCCCUAUCAGUCUGGAGUGGGGUGAUCACAGCGACUGUCUGAGUUUGUCUCCUCAUCUGUAAAAUGGGAAUAAAUGAUGUCCUGUCCAA